GUUUGGAGUUGCAUCGUUGACACCAACGGCUCUGACCGUCCGAGGAAUCCUUGGCCGCCCGACGAGAUCGGCUCAGAUGCAGUAGCCCGUAGAUUCUUAAGGCGUUAUACUGAGCCCAAGGAAUGACAUAAGCUAAACUACACCGUCAACUGGUUAUAUUAUGAAGCCGCGGGCAGAAAAUGGGGGGAAAGAAGGCAAGAAGCGACUGGCCAUGGCGGAGGACGGUACCACAACGAUAAGAUCACCUUCCUCCUCCAUCCACAAAAACACCUCUCCCUUCUCCUCUUCGUUCCGCUUUCUCCGCUUCGCCGACCACUCAAAUUCUUCUCCGACUCCUGACAACCACUUCGAUCUCGAUGAAUGCGACGUUGUUUGGGCACCGGACGUUAAAUCUGAUCCUUCAUCCGGCGGUGGAAACUGGCCAAUCUCCAACCGGCCAGGUUCCGGCGACAGCGACUCCAGCAUCCGGCGCCGCUCUUUCCAGCCGGGGAGAUUUGGGCUCUCGGCUGCCCUAGCGGAGGAAGGUGAGCAACCGGUGUACAAACGGCGACCGGCAAUCAAAGUGCCAGCGGGGAGACCGGAGGCGGAGGAGACAAGUACGAUAUUCCAUCAGUCGGCGCCGGUGAAUGUGCCGACGUGGCCGAGUGGGAUGAGGAAACCUGUUGGAGCGUUGAUUGAGGUGGAUGACGAUGACGAGGAAGGCGAGGCGGAUGAUGAGAUGCUACCGCCGCACUUGAUUGUGAAGAGAUCGCACGCGACGUCGUUCUCUGUGUUCGAGGGAGUGGGGAGAACCCUGAAGGGAAGGGAUCUCCGACGGGUGCGGAACGCCGUAUUUCGGAAGACGGGCUUUCUCGAUGAAUCUGAAUCCCUCAAGCUGUAAGCUAUGUCUCUUGAUGGAUUGCUGUUAUUUUCGUGAAUAUGGAUAUUAUUUUUAGACGUGGGGGAGGAAAUAAGGAAGCCGCGGCUCUGGUAUGUAGGAUUUUCCCCCACGAUCCAUUUAUUUCUCCUUUUUAUUUCUCUGGACGUUCUUAGAAGUUUGAAUAUUUGGUGGAUGGAUAUGUUGUCAAUCCUGGAAGUAUAUUUAUGUAUAUGUUGUUUGGAGGGAUUGAUGAUUUGGGAGCUAUGAUGCUGGAAUUGGAUUUUUUAUGUUCCUGGUUACUACUGCUGUCUAUAAAGUUUUAAAGAUCUUAUUUAUUUAAGAUGUGUUGUUG